AUGGAAAGUAUUUCACCGGCGGGCAUGCGUGUACACGCCUGUCCCUGCUUCCCGGCGCCUCGUUCUAUCGAGGACGGUGACGCCAGGCCUCCUGGCGACGUCGCCGCAGCCGCUUUGAAGGUUAUGCGUAGUCGUCGCCACUACGAGUGUCGAGUGAGCCCAAGUAAUUGGCUCUUGGCCGCUGGCCAAUCGCUCGCUCCUAAGCAAACUCGCUUUGAACCUGAUUCGAUAUAUAUAUAG